UUUCCUCAUUCAGUCUUCUAUCCUGUCAAAGACGCCAACUUUGGCGCAGUCUCCCUCACUUCCACAUUCAGACAAAAACUCUCCACAGCCACCAUCGCCUCUCUCUCCUCUUUCCUUUUCUUCUUUACCUUUCCCAAAUAAUAGCCCUAAAAAUCCAACUAGUAUCUUCCACCCCUUUCCCCUUUACUUUAUUUCUCUACCUUUAUCAAUUUUCAGAUUCUCCGUAGUUUUCUCACUUUCUGUUUCUCUCUGUCUUUCUUUUAACCAAUCACUACCGCUUACUUAUAACACACCCUCGAAUCAUGGAGUCGCCGGAAACAUUACCGUUUGAGACGGCGGAGAAGAUCAUCCUCCGGUGGGACUCGACUGCGUCGGAGGAAGCAAGGGAGAAGAUGAUCUUCGACGGUGACCGCCAGGAGGUGGAUCGUUACCUCCAGGCCGUGGAUGAAAUCCAACGGUCCAUGUCCUCCGCCUCUAUCUCCGACGACCCGAAGGUCAACUGUGCCCUCCAGAUCGCUAUGGCUCGCCUGGAGGACGAGUUCCGCAACAUCCUCAUCUCCCACACCAACCCCAUCGAAGCCGAUUCACUCAUAGACCCCACUUCCCUCCAUUUUACCACCCCAGAAGACGAAGAAGACCAUGACCAACAACAACAACAACAACAACAACAACAACAAGACGCAGCUGCUGAUUCUUCCUCAUCGUCCUCCUUUUCCUCAGCUUCAAAGCAACGCCAUCUCAACGACGGAGACAGCAGCGAGGCCGAUGGCUGCGCUAAUCUCUUCCGCUUCAACAGCGGCGACGGUGCUUCCAGCGUGAACAGCAGCUACCGCUCCACUAGCAGCAUCCGGGAGAUCGAUCUGAUACCCUCGGAAGCAGUCUACGACCUCCGCAGCAUCGCGGAGAGGAUGAUCUCGUCCGGCUACCUCCGCGAGUGUAUUCAGGUGUACGGCAGCGUGAGGAAGUCCGCCGUGGACGCCAGUUUCCGGAGGCUUGGGAUCGAGAAGCUGAGCAUAGGCGACGUUCAGCGGCUGGAAUGGGAGCAACUUGAAGCCAAGAUCAGGCGCUGGAUAAGGGCCGCCAAGGUGUGUGUGAGGACUCUCUUCGCCAGCGAGAAGAAACUUUGCGAGCAAAUCUUCGAUGGAGUCGGCACCGCCAUCGACGAUGCUUGCUUCAUGGAGACAGUGAAGGGCCCCGCCAUUCAGCUCUUCAACUUCGCCGAGGCCAUUAGCAUAAGCCGGAGAUCCCCUGAGAAGCUCUUCAAGAUUCUUGACCUUCAUGAUGCGUUAAUGGACCUUAUACCGGACAUUGAUGUCGUUUUCGACUCCAAGUCCUCCGAGUCCAUUCGGAUUCAGGCCGCCGAGAUACUUUCCCGUUUGGCGGAGGCCGCCCGAGGGAUCCUCUCGGAGUUCGAGAACGCCGUGCUUCGAGAACCUUCCAAGGUCCCUGUCCCUGGUGGCACCAUUCACCCCUUGACGAGGUAUGUUAUGAACUAUAUCAGCUUGAUCUCGGAUUACAAGCAGACUUUGAACGAGCUUAUUGUGUCGAAGCCAUCCACAGGGUCUCGGUAUUCCGGUGAUCCUUCUACUCCGGACAUGGAUUUCACUGAGCUGGAGGGCAAGACCCCUCUGGCUAUCCACUUGAUUUGGAUCAUUGUGAUAUUGCAGUUCAACUUAGAUGGCAAGUCCAAGCAUUAUAAAGAUGCAUCUCUUUCUCACCUCUUUAUAAUGAACAAUGUCCACUACAUUGUUCAGAAGGUGAGGGGCUCCCCUGAGUUAAGGCAAAUGAUUGGUGAUGAGUAUUUGAAGCGCCUCACCGGAAAGUUCCGCCAGGCUGCUACCAGCUACCAGAGAGCAACUUGGGUCAGGGUCUUGUAUUGUUUGAGAGAUGAGGGACUCCAUGUAAGUGGUGGCUUUUCUUCCGGCGUCUCCAGGAGUGCUUUGAGGGAAAGGUUUAAGUCCUUCAAUGCCAUGUUCGAGGAGGUUCAUAGGACUCAAGCUGUUUGGUUGAUACCGGAUUCUCAGCUCCGUGAGGAGCUUAGAAUAUCUAUAUCGGAGAAGCUGAUCCCGGCAUACCGCUCCUUUCUUGGGCGAUUCAGGAGCCAUAUAGAGAGUGGAAGGCAUCCAGAGAACUACAUUAAAUACUCUGUUGAAGACUUGGAAGAUGCUGUUUUGGAUUUUUUCGAAGGAACCCCUGUUUCGCAGCACCUGAGGAGGAGAUCUCAAUGAUGGACUGAAAAUUCUAAAUUGACUUCCACAAAUUAGAUCUUAGGACACAUUCUUUCAAUUUUUUUUUUCUUUCCUUCUGGAGCGUUCAGGUUUAUAUUAUUGGGUGCACAAGUGCUUCAAGAUUUCUCAAAGAAUGGAAGAGCUGAUUCAUAAUCUCGUUGAAGUUCCUGAAUGCUGCUGCCAUUAAGCUAAAUUCAUAGGUAUCGGUGAUUGAUUAUACGUCUCACCAACUUGGUUACCUCGGAGAACUUUGAUUGGGGUACCUGUGUUGUUUGCAAUUGGAUCAUCUGGUGCUGAUUAAUGAUGAUGUCUCCUUUUAUGCUUCAUGAUAAAAUACUAAUUUUCUGCUCAUUAGAAAUCAUACAGUUUUAUUGAAACCUGAAAGGUCUUAUUUUAUGAGGAUCACACAGCCAUAUUGGAUAGCACCUUGUUCUUCUUGGAGAGGCUAAUGGAGCUUGCAUAGUUGGACGGACCGACUUGAAAUAUUAAAAAUCUUUAGUGACUUUUCAUGGCUUUUUUUAUUUUUAUUUUUAAAUAACAAUGAAGAUUGAUUUGGUUGAAUUUGUUAGCCGGAGAUUAAUAGGAAUCUAACACGGGACUAGUUUGCAAGGUUUUGAGAAUUAGAAGAAUUGGGAAAAAACAAAAAACAGUUUGAGCUGGUUGAUAACCGGUGAACCGGUUGAGUCAUCUGCGGUUUAGUCGAUUCAACUGGAUUUAAAAAAGUCCCGUAACUGAGACAAACCCUUAAAUGAGAGCAGUCUUCUUUAUCAUGGAUAGUUAUCCUUUGCAAUUGAGACACAAUGAAACCUUCGUCACCCUGCAGCAAUAAAUCUCCUUCAUGCGUUGCAUUGGUAUGUAAUGAUAUUAUUACGAUUUUUCAUUCACAACGUUAAUGGUAAUAUCGGUUAUAUUAUGUAUUUAGUGUUAUUUUAGAAAAAUAGUUUAAUUAUUUUAAUAAGAGAUUUAAUUAGUAAUAAUUUAUAUACAUUCAGUAUUGUUUAGGGAAAAAAAUAAAAUUUUAAUGGCA